UAUCCAGAUCCACCGCCGGACCGUCUCCCCCACCCACAUCGACAGCGACCGCCCUGGCAUCGGCCUGCUGCUGGAACCAUGGCCAAGAAGCCGCUGCCAGGUAACAGUGCUGGGCGUCGUUACAGCGCGCCACCGACGUAUUCACUCGCGGCGCGCCUGGCUCAAGGGCUCCCCAACGAACAGGCCGCCUCUUCCCUUGUGGAUAGCCGCUCCAAUUGCCAGAUUUACAAGAUGACAGCUAUUAAACAAGAGGAGGUGCACAGAGCCAUUGAUACCAGCGGUGGCCAAAUUACCCAUGACGAACCACGGUGUCGGAAGCACAAUAAGCCAUACGAGCAUAUUCAUUGCUCACGCAAAGCAAGCUCAACCCAAAAGUUCAAAGGCAAGAAAGUGCAUGUAAAUCCUGGAAAGUACAUUCUCCGUGCUAACGCUGGCAUGGCCCGCUUUAUCAAGGGUGUUGAGAAAAGAGCCACCAUCACUAAAGGCUGGAGCGACUUCUUCCGUUAGGCACACAUGAACGAAGGGCAAGCAUAUGCUUUCACCUUCAAGUACACUUCCAAGGGAUUGCGCUUGAUCAUCUACCCAAUAUAAGCAAGUUGCAAGAGCCCCUUGUUAUAUAACUUAGUAUUAGUAUAGAUGCCUAUCAAGACUUCUAUGUUUAUCGUUCUUUUGGAUCUUAUGUAAACCCGAAAGACCAUCAUGUGCAUUUAGCUAUUGGUUAUUUGCUGCUUAAACUAUUGUGUGGUGUGCUUUUGAAACAACCAUGAUAAAAGAAAUAUACGCU